CGCAAGACCAGAGAGAGAGCAAAGUGAGUAAAACCACACUCAUCUUCAAGAAAUCACAAAGCUUGAUCACCAUAUUCACUAGUGGACUCAAAAAACAUGGCAAGGAAAAGAAAGUCUGUUGAAGCCAUGCCAGAGAACCCCAGUGAAGAAACCAUGACUUGGGACCAGAUGGUGAAGGAGGCCGCUGCCGCGGCCGCGUUGGGUGGCGCCAGGAGGGCCCGGAAGCGGUUCAUUGGGGUCCGCCAAAGGCCGUCGGGCCGGUGGGUGGCUGAGAUCAAGGACACCAUACAGAAGAUAAGGGUGUGGCUUGGCACGUUCGAUACGGCGGAGGAGGCGGCGCGAGCCUAUGACGAGGCGGCUUGCCUGCUCCGUGGGGCCAAUACCCGGACAAACUUCUGGCCUUGCUCUCCAUCGGCAUCUUCGUCUCCGGCUCUUCCCUCGAAGAUCACGAACCUUCUCCUCCAAAGGCUCAAAGCCAGGAAAACCUCUCUGGCUUUGAACCCGGAUGCACUAAUCUGCCAAGAGCAGAAGCAGCCAAGGGAAGAUCUUACACCAGAUGUCGCCGAUUUUUCCGAUAUACAGUUCUCUGAUUAUCUUAACGAUCCUGAGGACUACACAACAGAACACAACAUCAUUAAUGAUGCGAUUACAAGUCAUUACGUAACGAAUACCGUGUCCUCUUUGAAUUUCAAAGAAGACUCGGGGAGGAGAGAAGAGAAAGAAGAGCAUUUCGGCUACAGCAUGAGUGAUGUAACACAAUCAAACGGUGAUGAUGGCAAUCUUGGUGGAGACGGAGUAGAAGAUGCUGAUGAAGAAGAUACCGAUCUCAGGGUAUUGGAUCUUCAGUUUCUUGACGACUUCAGAUCGUCUUUCUAUUACUCUCCUUUCGAGAUUGCUGAAGAGAUCGCUGAGCCAAUGGAACAGGAAAAUGAUGGAGAAGAGCCUUCGAUUCUGACAGCUGCCAUGAAAAGAAUGAAGUACGAGAGAAAGUUUUCGGCUUCUCUCUACGCCUUCAAUGGGAUUUCUGAGUGCUUAAAACUGAAACUAGGAUCAAGAACUGUUAUGGCGAGGGCAAAUUCCGAUGAACUGGCAAAGCUCCAGAAUGCAUGUGACAAGAAGAAAGAGGAAGAGAAGCCAGUGGGAGAUGGCUUCCUGAAACUGAUGGCAGAAGGAGGAAACCCAGAAACUCCAACUGAUACAUUCCCUUCAUCGUCUUCUUCUUCUUCUUCCUCGUCUUCAAGCAACGAAGGUGAAUCAUCGCUUUGGAGCUCCCUUGACCUUCCAACCAUUUGCUUUGUCAACUGAAUAGUUCAAGCUCUAUUUCAAAGUCAUACCGAUAAUCUUCUUUUUCUACUAGAAAAGGUACUCAACGUCAGUCAUGUUUCCUUAUAGAUUUAAACUGAUGUAGUUUCCAAGUUUUACGUCAGAGAAAGAAAUGUAGAACGGUUAUAAGCCUGCUGCUGAGGCGUUAACAUCUCAAUUUUCUCCAUGACAAGUUGGCUGAACUCUAUAGGCCAGCAUUAACACGAAG